GUGUGUGUGGUGUGUUGGUGAGUUCAAUAGACAUCAUCACGGUCUUGAUCGGUGAAAAAUUAAAGCGCUCAAAUAAAAAAGCCAACCCGAGAAGAUAACAACAACGCGGUGCGGGUUUUCGGUGUGAAAGACGGUGCACUUGGCUGAGCUUCGGAAACAAAUAGAGCAAUGGCUGACCAAUACGGUGGAUACGCCAGUAAGGAUUUUGGCGGUGCCGCUCCGUAUAGCGUGCCACCACCAUCGAUUAAUCAGAGCUACAGUCAGCCUCCCCCGAUGAGCAAGUUUGGUGGUGGGGGUGCCGGCAGCUACGGACAGCCGAGUUCCGGUUCUGUCGGCGGUGGAUACGGUGGCCAAAGUGAUUACAAUGGUGGCGGAAACCGCAGUGAUGGAGGAGGCUACGGUGGUGGCAAUCGUGGCGGAAACAGCUACGACAGAAGAGGUGGUAACCAAGCCGGCGGAUACAGCAGUGGCGGCGGCAACAAGGGUGGUUAUAACAAAGGCGAGGGUGAAAUGAUCACCCAGGAGGAUACAAUCUUUAUUCAGGGCAUGACUCCGGAAACGACGGAAGAGGAGAUUGCCGAACGGUUCGGAUCGAUCGGUGUUAUUAAGCGUGACAAGCGCACGCAGAAGCCCAAAAUCUGGAUGUACAAGGAUAAGGAGACGGGCAACAUGAAGGGUGAGGCUACCGUCACGUACGACGACGCUAGCGCCGCACAGUCCGCCAUCGGGUGGUUCGACAACAAGGAGUUUAACGGGGCGGUGGUGAAGGUGACGCUCGCUCAGCGCUUCAGCAACUGGCAGAACAAGGGUGGCAACCGUGGUGGCUUCAACAAGGGAGGUGCCGGUGGCGGUGGCGGUGGUGGAUAUGGUGGUGGUGGUGGCGGCCGUAUGGGUGGCGGUGAUCGCGGCGGAUCGGUUGGAGGUGGUGGUGGCGAUCGUGGCGGCUACAACCGUGGCGGCGACCGAGACGACAGUCGGUCGCGGCCCCCGCCGGGCGGUGCAAUGGGUGGUGGCGCACGCGGUGGAUACGGCGGUGGUGGGGGUGGAGGUGGCGGAAGCGGCGGACAGGAUCGCGAGGGUGACUGGAACUGUGGCGAGUGUAACAACAAAAACUUUGCCUGGCGCAACGAAUGCAACCGCUGCAAGGCGCCGAAAGGGGAUGGGGCGGGCAGUGGAUCGGAUAGUGGCAGCAGAGGCGGGUACGGUGGUGGCAAUCGCAAUGGAGGAGGAGCGGGCGGUGGCGGCGGCGGCGGCGGCCGGGACCGUGGCUCGUUUGGUGGGGGUCGAGGUGGUGGUGCUGGCGGGCAGGAUCGUGGUUACGGUGGUGCGAAUCGUGGGGGACGCGACAACGGAGGUGGAGGCUACGGUGGUGGCGCAAUGCGGGGAAAUGAUAGAAACAACCGGAACGACCAACGACAACGCCCUUACUAGGGCUGCAUACACGGUGCCAACAUCAUCGCACGACACGACCUACACCGCAUCGAACACAUGCUCCACCGGGAUUAUUUUGUCGACAAUUCAACUACACAAUAUACUCACGCAACUCACGUGUGUGUGUGUGUCUGAACAACACGUUUGCUUCGGAUGUACCUCAUUCAAAGCCCUGGCAAUAUUGAUUGGGCGUGUUGCAAGCCUAUCACCACCAGCCCCGUGUCACAAAUUUCAAGCGCCAACCAAGUAUUGGGCUGCCUCUGGUUUAGCUUCUAGUCCGGUUAAAUGAUCCGGGUUUUCGACGCUCGAGCGAUCGGUUUUCUUUGGCAGUUCGGUUGGAGGAAGGAUUCGAUCGAUGUAGAGACGAAUUGUAAAUGUAUUAUAAGUGCACGCGGUUUACGUAGGGCAGCAUUCAUUCUGCGGGGAUGGACGGUCGCAGUGAGUGGACCAGCCUCAGAAGAUUAGCAAUAACGACACAGAUAACAUCAUUUAGCGAAGGGAGGAGAUUUAGUCUAAAGUAACAAUGCAUUAAACAAAGCAAAAACAAACAAACAAACUAUCCACCGUCCUCCAGAGACAGACACAGCUGGUCGCAAGGGAGAGAUUUACCACGUAACACAACUAGAAUGAAUAAACGAUAAGGAAACACAAAUACCAA